CAGUUCCUCAAUGGAAAACGUGUUAAAAGAUGCCUGUGGCACUAUGGAAGCAUGGAGACGAAAUAGUCAUCUAUUAAGACCCUCAAGGAACUAUUGGGCAGAGUGACGGAAAUGAAGAGCUUGAACCAUCACUUCAGUAUGGCGGCAGCUGAAUCUGACAAGGACUCCGGAUAUUCAGAUGGAAGUUCAGAGUGCCCGAGUGCUAUGGAGCAGACUGACUCAGAGGACGUGCUGAAUGCGCUGUGUUGGAACACAGAGGAAGGCCCUUGGCAAUGCCCAAUGACCACAAGCAACUCUUUUCCUGCGCUUUCUCCUAUGGUCGUAAUGAAAAAUGUGUUAGUUAAGCAGGGGAGUUCAUCACAGCUCCAGUCUUGGACUGUGCAGCCAUCCUUUGAAGUGAUUCCAGCUCAGCCACAGCUACUGUUUCUUCGUCCAUCAAUCCCACCUCCUGCUCACCCUCACCUUGUUGGGAAAAAGAGAAAUGACUCCACUAAUUACCUGCCCAUCCUGAAUUCUUAUCCCAAAAUAGCACCACAGCCCUGCAAAAGAGAUCACUCCUUUGAUCUAGAAGAACGUCAGGAGACCACUUGCCAUAAACGACUCUGCACAGAAGCACCCAAGAUGGAGACUUCUCCUGUAUCCAGAAGCACAGGAUUGCCUACUAGUCCUUUUGCUCACCUACCAGUUAGCUUUAAGACCCCUCAGGAUUCUAACCAGCAAAGUUCUUCAACUCUGGUGACAAGUGAAAAACUGUCAGCUCUUCCUGCUGUUCAUCGUGUUUCCAGUGACGCUCAAAAAGUGCCAGGUUUGACUCCCCUUUUGCCUUUUGGAACUCUGCAGACAACAAAGUGCGCCCCUCAUGAGAGUGAGAGUGCAGCACAGGCUACGAUGCAGUCUGCAGUGUGGAACCCCCCAUUGAUACCAGAAGAGAUUUGUACUACCCCUGAGCUGCUCUUGCAACAGCAAAGCAAGUGCAGGCGCUUUCAGAAUACACUCGUUGUGCUACGCAGGUCGGGAUUGCUGGAGAUCACUUUAAAAACCAAGGAGCUCAUUCAUCAGAACCAGGUGACUCAGGCUGAGCUGGACCGGCUGAAGCACCAAACGCAGCUUUUCAUAGAGGCAAUACAGAACAAUGCUCCACAGUCAUGGGCAGAGCUAGAAGCAUCUCUAACAGGAUCUGAUAAAGCUGAUAGCAACCUUGAAGAGUCCAUUUAUCCCAGCAUGUAG